AUGGCAAUUAGCACUGUAAGAAGUGUUGAUGUAUUGGCACCUAUAUCAACCGUUGUACCUGAUUCUUCAUUUUAUCCAAAUAUUGUUCAUCCACGUCAACCACAACGACUUAAUUUAACUAAUAAACAAGCAUUACAUACAAAUAAAUUUUAUACGAAUCCACUUCUUGGUCCUGGCACUAAUCCAAUCAUUACACAUCCAUUUGUACUUAUGAUGAAUGGUGCAGCGCCUUAUGGUGUUUCAAUAUCGUGUACAGAAGAAUUCGCAUUGGGACCACGUAUUGAUAGUACACGAGUUAAAUAUUUUAUUAAUGUUAUAUUAAAAAAUAUGCAAGUUACAGCAACAGAAUUCUCAUCGCAAAAUUUUCAAAUUAUCGAUGUCGAUGAUCCUGGUUUUUCUGUUACAUUAAAAAUGUCACAACCGAGUUCUCAAGCGUCAAUAACGAUGCCCAUAGUACGUGGUAUGGCUUAUGUUACAUUUGAAUACAAAUCAGCGACACCAAAGAUCUCCACUGUUCAUGCAGUACUCUCUGUCAAUAGUCAAACAUCGGGAGUAAUAACUGGGAAACGUUUUGAAAUCAAAUUAAAUAAUGGUCAAACAUGGCUCUUGUAUGCACUCAAUGGUGAUGUUACAUUCGAAUUACGUGGUAAUGAAUUGUUUGGUACACAACCUAUCACUAAUGUUCUUCGUUUAACCAAGAAACAAUCAGAUGCAUAUGCUAAUUCUUUGCUUGAUUCUCAUGCUUCCGUUUACCCCGUUGGAUGUCAAUUGAAAGCUGAUGUAAAUGGAAUCAAAGGUACCUAUACAUUUCUUUGGGAACAUAAAGGUGAUCCUACAGUAGCUCUUCUUCAUUAUACACUUCCACAUCAUCGACAAGUAAUAUCAACAAGUAGUGCACAAGCAACACCAAUCCAAACUCUAUCACCAAGCAAAGGUCCAAUGGUUGCAUAUACUGGAAAUGUUUGGAUAAUGGCAGAAGAUUCAUUAUCCACGAUGGGUUUUCUUGCGCCACGUCCACCUGCUCCUCAAUAUGAAGAUUAUAUUGUAGAACAAUUAAAAAAAGAUAUUACAGCUGGAGUUAAUUUAGGUGUAACCGAUUAUUAUUUUACAGGAAAAGCAUUUCAUAAAUAUGCACUAUUAUGUUUACUAGCUGAUUAUUAUAAAGAAACAACUUUACUAGAGCAAUGUAUAAAAACAUUAGAAAAUGGUUUUGAUGUUCUUAUAACUGGAAAAAAUGCAAAUGCAUUACGAUACGAUACAACAUGGUCAGGUCUUAUUUCAGCAGCUGGUUUAGCGCCACAACAAGAAUUAGCUGAUUUCGGCAAUUCAUAUUAUAAUGAUCAUCAUUAUCAUUGGGGAUAUUUCAUUCAAACAGGUGCAUUAAUUGCACAUCUUGAUCCAAGUUAUAUACCUAAAAUGAAAAAUUGGGUUGAAUCAUUAAUACGUGAUGCAAAUAAUCCUUCAACACAAGAUAAAAGUUUUCCACAAUUUCGUUAUUUCGACUGGUAUUCAGGACAUAGUUGGAGUCAAGGUUUAUUUGAAUCAGCCGAUGGUAAAGAUCAAGAAUCAACAUCAGAAGAAAUAAAUUAUCAUUAUGGUCUUGCUUUAUGGGGUUUAGCAACUAAAUCGUCUACACUCGAAAGUCUUGGUCGAUUGAUGUUAACAAUUGCUAAACGUACAAUUCAAACAUAUUUUCUCAUGGAUAGUGAUAAUAAAAUUAUGCCAAAAGAAUUUAUUGCUAAUAAAGUUACAGGUAUCUUUUUUGAAAAUAAAGCUGAUUAUGCAACAUGGUUUGGUGCUAAUCCAGAAUUUAUUCAUGGUAUCCAAAUGAUUCCAUCUACACCAAUUACUGAAGAAGUACGCCUUCCGAAAUUUGUCGAAGAAGAAUGGACAACCAUCGUCGGUAAAAUCGUUGGAGGUGCAGUAGGCGGAUGGAAAAGUAUUCUAUACACGAACUAUGCUAUAAUUAAUCGUGGUGAAGCAUUUAAUCAAUUACUUACAGCACCACUUGACGAUGGCCUUACACGUACUUGGGCUCUCUAUUGGACUGCUACACGACCCAAUAAUGGUACAGGAACUUUAUCCACGACAACAGCGGACCCAGGAUCAAGUACCUCAUCAGGUUCACCAAUAACAACUGGUGAUGAAUGUAAAUUGCCUCUCGGUAGUCCAUGUACAUCAUUGACUUCACCAGGUGAUGCCGCAGCUGGUCUCGGAAUGUACUAUGAUUCAAAAUGUGCUCAAGGUGGUGUUGGUUGUAACCAUAUCAAAGAGAAUUGUCGUCUAUGUGCUAAAAAUCCAGCGCUCAUCAACAAUCCUUUCGUUCAAUGUCCUGCAUGUGUUUAA